ACGACAGUGCCUGGAAGAAUGCUGUUUAUGUGUCAAAACAAUCGAUAUCGACGAAUGAGUAUUAUAUGGGCCUAGUCAUCUACUGUAGAAAGUCAUUUAGUGUUCAGAUAUCCAGCUCCCAGGCAUCUUUAAAUGGAACAAAUACAACGGCCAUCACAGUCAUGGAGCCAUUUUCAGAAACCGCCACAGUUAUGGAGUCAUGUUCACCAACCACCACCGUAGUGGAGCCAUGUUCACCAACUACCACAGUAGCGGAGGCAUGUUCCACAGUAGUAGAGCUAAGUACACCAACUACCACCGUAGUCGAUAUAACUACUGUGACUAUCAUAGUAAUGGAGUCAUGUUCCCCAACCAGCACAGUAGUAGAGUCAUGUUCACCAACGACCACCAUAGUGGAGCCAUGUUCCACAGUAGUUGAGCUAAGUACAGCAACCGCCACAGUAGUCGAGCUAAGUACUGCAACUACCACAAUAGUGGCGCCAUGUUCCCCAACCACCACGGUAGUGGAACCAUGUUCCUCAACCACCACAGUAGUGGAGCCAUGUUCCACAGUAGUCGAUCCAUCAUGUUCACCAAUCACCACAAUAAAGGAGUCAUGUUCCCCAACCUCCACAGUAGUUGAGCCAUGCUACACAGUAGUCGAGCUAAGCACUGCAACCUCCACAGUAGUUGAGCGAAGUAUUGUAAACACCACAGUAGUGGAACCCUGUUCCCCAACCACCACAGUAGUGGAGUCAUGUUCCCCAACAUCCACAAUAGUUGAGCCAUGCUCCACAGUAGUCGAACUAAGUACUGCAACCACCACAGUAGUUGAGCUACGUACUGUAACCACCCCAGUAGUGGAGUCAUGUUUCCCAACCACCACAGUUGUCGGACCAUGUUCUCGAACCACCACACUAGUGGCGUCAUGUUCCCCAACAACCACGGUAGUGGAGCCAUGGUCCUCAACCACCGCCGUUGUAGAGCCACGUUUCACAAACAUCAUAGUAGUGGAGGCAGGUUCAGCGACCACCACAGUAAUGGAGGCAGGUUCACCAACCACCACAGUAGUGGGUCCAGGUUCGCCAACCACCACAGCAGUGGAGGCAGAUUCACCAACCACCACAGUAGUGGAGGCAGAUUCACCAACCACCACAGUAAUGGAGGCAAGCUCACCAACCACCACAGUAGUGGAGCCAGGUUCACCAACCACCACAGCAGUGGAGCCAUAUUCUGAUAUCAGCGACUUUGACCUUCAACCAUCAUCAACUGGGGUGGUUGUGUUAGGGUCUGACGGAGUUUUGAGAUCGCAAGUAUGUCAAGACGUUGUGGUGGUCACAUUUGAAUCUGCAAUGAGUGAGGAAGUCGUUAGCAGGAUUCACAAGGAAUUAACCCUCGACAAAAGUAAAAUAUCGUCAGUUAUUAGAAAGAAAGUCAGUCAGAAAGAUGACAGGCCCAGCUCAGCUUCUAUUGGUUAUUUUGGGUUGAUCUUCGCUGUCCUGCCAUUCGCCCUUAUAAUCAUAUCUGAUAUUCCCAAACUGAUACAACAUUUGAAAACACUCAGACCCACUAGACAUUGAGUCAGUGAAGCAGUCAAAAUUAAUGAUGAUUAUUUAUUAGGGGACAAUAAAAUGCAUUUUCUCAAAUAUUUGUAAGACGUCGAUAGUGUUCCAAAAUUCGUCCCCCAAUCCAGCACUUGAUGACGUGGUGCCAAGGAUGUAGAUUAAAUACCACUUUCUUAAUUCUGUAAAUAGUUCAACAUAAUUACUAUGUGUUCAUAUUUGAUUUAAAUUAAUAUUUAUCGCAUACUGUUGAUCUAAUAUUUACUGCAUACCGCUUUUUGAAUUAUUAUGUGUUAUAUUUACCAGCGUUUAUUAAACAUACAUUAUGCAAGAGCUAAAUCUGCCUAUUGCAGGUCUGUCGUUAGGCCUGAAAUGUUAUCUAAAUUAUUAAUUAGACAUUAAUUAACUUAUCUAGACCAUAAUCAACUCUUUGUGGCAUCGCAUACUCGAGAUUUUAACUAGAUUAGAACGGUUCGUCUUGAAUAUACCAGUGCCCUGGUUACCACCAUGCACACAUCUUGUCAAAACUACAAACAGUGAUAACUUGGCUCAGAAUGAAGUAAUUGAAUGAGAUUUUCAAUAUUUUCAUUUUACAUUAUCUAUUUUUGAACUAUUAUAGCAAGAAUGGUCAGGUCUUUAUCUAAAUCUUACAUAAUGUAUCUUUAAGUUGGAUUUUCUAUUAGAUUUAUUAGAGUUUUUAAAAGAAGAAUAAUUUGAUAGAU